AUGCCGCAAACCAGUCCGUUCCGAACGAUCCGCUUUCCAUACCCUGAGCCUUUCGACGGCUGGGGCUUUUGGGGAAGGCAGACAUCGACACUCAACUGGUGCGAAGAGGUAAUCCUGCUGAAUCUCGGUGCUGACCCGAUGCAACUCUGGGAUGAGCUUUCCAUGAUUUAUACUACUUGCCUCAUGAUGUUCGCCAGCUUUUCCUACUCCCGCUCCAUGGCAUUCUCCUAUAUGCUUGGCCUUGGACUCCUUGGUCUUUCUGCAUUCAUCUCCGUGUAUUAUCACGUCACCAAGGACCCGGAAUUUCACCAGGCAGUAUACGGUAUACUCACCGCUAUCGUCGUAUUUCAUGGCAUGUGGGUGAUGGAACGUCGUUUGCGCCCAGCGCUCCGGGCCCGUCAUGGCGAUGAGGGAAGCAAACUCCUCGGGACCUUGUGGGCAAUGGUUACUACCGGCCUCUCCGUGUUUUUGAGCGGGUUCCUCGUCUGGAACUUGGACAACAUCUACUGUACCCAGAUUCGUGCAUUGCGCCGCGAGUUGGCCCGCGAGAUCGAGGCACAGGCUGCCUCUGCACAGCAACAGAUCGGCAUCGCACGCACCCAGAUAGCUGGCAAGCAGAGGGAGCAACGCCUGGUAAAGCUCACACUGAGUGAGCUUAGCAGCCUGCCUAAAGACACAGUCAUAUUUGAAGGUGUAGGCAAGAUGUUCGCCGCACUGCCCGUUACGGAAAUAACACAAAAGCUAGAAAACCAGACGAAAGACCUGGACAGCGAGGUGGAAAAACUCGGAAAAAGACUAGUUUACUUGGAGACGACACACAAGAAUAGCCGAGAGCAUAUCGAACAGAUGUUGCGAAAGACCUGA